CGAGUCGCGAGCUCCAUGCUCCCCCUUCUUCUUCCUCCUCCUCCUUUCGCCGCCUCGGGCUCCUAUGGCAACCGGCCCGCGCGUCCCACUUGCCUGGGCGCGGCUGGUGCAAGAGGCGGCGGCGGGCGGCGAGGCAUGAGAGCGGCGGCCGGGGAGCGACUGGAGCAGAGUCCCGGGGAGUCGGGGAGCAGCCGGAGCUACGCGGAGUACAAUGAAGCGGGGCAGCCCUGGAAGAAGUUUGUAUAUGUCGAACCACCUAGGAGAGUUAAGGAAGUGCUGGAAGAAGAGCUUUAUUUUCGGAGGGAUGAAUGCAGAGUUAAACACCCUUCAGAAGUGGCUUUGGAAGGAAUUUGGAGCUUGAAAAGGAAUUUCCCAGUGGGAGGCUUCAAGCCGGCAUCACAGAAUCCAAGUAGCUUGCUUUCACAGCCCAAGUACUACUCCAGACAUGCCGUAAUAAGAAGAUAGCCCCUGUGAAAAGCAGUGUUGAUGGAAGUGACAGGAACUAGGCAAAUUCACAGCUGCUAUUUUUAUCCAAAUGCUGAGUACUAUAUUCUAGAACUUGUAUCAUAGCAUGUAAAAUAAAGUUUGCAACCAUGCAUCA